CCCCUCCUUCCCUUUCCCUCUCUCCGUCACGUUCGGUCGCAGAGAGGGUCGAAGAUUUCAAGGUGCUUGGGAGCAACGACUAUUCUUCUCCUGCUCCACGUAUUUCCCCACGAGGGAAGACGAAAAGCACAAGCGCAAUGCCUGCAAUUUUCGAUAUGUUCCGUCUUCACUUCAUCUUCUCUUCGCUACUCUUCUUCUUCUUCUUCAGCAACGCGUCCGUUCACGAAUACGCGGAGUCCGAAUUGGUCCUGAAAGGCAACGCCUACGUCCUCCACGGCGGCAGCGAGGGGAUUUACUCUUCUGUUUCCAACAAAAACGCGUCCGCGAUUGCCAACGGAGAGUCAUAUAUCAGGUUCGAAAAAAUCACAUUCAAAAGGACAAAAAAUUCAGCUAAGCUUCAUUCUAAUACUGAUGACAACACCGGCCUGGUCCAAGUUGUUGUUUUCGAGGUGGAUGACCGAGAAUCAAUAGGUGGUUCUGUUUAUGGUGGCCAAAGAGCUGUGUGCUGCACACCUGAUCUUGGUAAGAUUGGUGCAUGUACUCAAGGUGAGAUCAUUCACCGCCCAUCCAUGAAGAAUCCUGGCUGGCCAAAAGUGUUCCCUGUAUACUUUCAGGGAGACAAUAUAUAUACAACCAUGGAGUCAAAGUUGAUAAAGAUCACAAGCACUGGAAUGUAUAACCUAUAUUUCAUUCAGUGUGAUCCAGACCUCAAGGGACUACUUGUGGAUGGCAAGACUAUAUGGAAAAAUCCAACUGGUUAUCUUCCUGGAAGAAUGGCCCCACUUAUGAACUUCUAUGGUUUUAUGUCUCUGGCAUAUGUGCUGCUUGGGAUCAUAUGGUUUUCUUGGUAUGCCAGAUUCUGGAGAGAAGUCAUGCCUCUCCAAAAUUGUAUUACAUUAGUUAUUGCAUUGGGAAUGUUUGAGAUGGCGCUGUGGUACUUUGAAUAUGCUGCUUUCAACACAACUGGGAUCAGACCAUCUGGAAUUACAAUGUGGGCGGUAACAUUUGGUAGCAUUAAGAGAUCAGUUUCACGUGUUCUACUGCUUGUAGUUUCUAUGGGCUAUGGAGUCGUGAGGCCAACACUUGGGGGUCUCACUUCAAAAGUUCUUCUGCUAGGAGGAACUUUCUUCUUGGCAUCGGAAGUUCUUGAAUUGGUAGAGAAUGUUGGCUCAGUAAGCGAUUUCUCUGGAAAGGAAAGAUUAUUUCUUGUCCUUCCAGUUGCCCUUCUUGAUGCUUUCUUCAUUGUCUGGAUAUUCACUUCUCUAUCCAAAACCCUUAAUAAGCUUCAGUUAAGAAGAAUGACGGCCAAGCUGGACAUCUACAGGAAAUUCACCAAUGCAUUGCUGGUGUCUGUUCUUGUAUCAAUUGGCUGGAUUUGUUAUGAGCUUUACUUUAAGUCAACAGAUAACUAUAACCAACGGUGGCAGAACGCCUGGAUCGUUCCAGCCGUUUGGCAAGUUCUUUCCUUUUUGCUUCUCUGUGUCAUCUGCAUGCUCUGGGCGCCCUCACAAAACUCUAUGCGCUAUGCAUACUCUGCGGAAGCGAGUGAAGACUUUGACAAAGAAGAUACGUUGACUCUGAUAAAGCCUGCACACACUCCUUCAAAGGAUGAACGGAGUGUCGGACAAAUGGAGACCAAACAGAUGCAUGUCAGUGGCAGUACUUUGCAAUUUAAUGGUGAUAUUGAAGAGGACAAGAGAGAAUAGCCAGUUGUAAAAGCACAAUCCACAGACUAGCGUCACCCCUUAAACAAAAUGAAGCUCUGGAGAACUCGCUCAGAAAGAUUGGCCAAGUUGUUGUAUGAUGCUCUGUAAAUCUCACGCCAAAAGAUUGGCUGCGGUGGUGGCAAGGGGUUUUCUUGUGAAUUUUCAACGAGAACUACACGUGAUCAUAGAGCAGUUAUUUGCUUGCAUUCGUUUGAAGUUUUUGAACCUUAGCAUUUUCUUUUAUGUGCAUAGUUCAUCUUUUUGUGCAGGUUUUUAUCUUGCGGAUCAUUAUGCUAAUACUUUUUUAUCUGCCACAUAUAAAAGGAUCUCUCUCUCUUUCUCCUUC